CCUGAGUCGCCUCUUCCUCUUGACGUCGCUGAGCUAACGCAGAACAUGUAUGCCCUCUGUCUCGAUGAAAUUCAACGCCAGUCUCCACAACCUCGUGCUUUGCUUCGUCACAGGACAGGACAUCGUCGGCGAACAUGAUAUAACUCAAUAUAAUUUAUGUAACGGCAUAUACUGUUCCCUUUCUCGAAUGCUCCGUCGGUUCCCCCGGUGGGCAAAGGAUUCGUUAGUUUCUCGCAUGGCUGUAUAGGCAGCUGAGCACACAAUGUCCCGUCUUUUUUUCUCCAUUGUGCGAGCUCCUUUGCUGCAUAUAUAAGAUGGACACGUCCGACAACAUCUCUCAUCUGUUCAAUGUUGUUCAGUUUCUUCUUGUUCUUCUCUGUGCUCGCCUUUGUCUGUGGUGCACCCACCUCGUCAGCUGCGGACGCCGCUAACCCUCUAGAUAUCACUGGUAUCAAUGUGACCAUUACUCUGGAAGAUCUCGUUACCAACCUCGCCGACCUCUCGUUCAAUGUCUCCAACCCGAACCCCUUCGAGAUCACCAUCGACCGCAUCGUCGUCGCUGCCGGUGUAGACUCCACCGAGUACAUCUCCUUCGACUACACCUUUGAGGACCCCGUUGUUGUACCACUCUUCGGCACAGCCAAUUCCGGUGACAUCGAGGAUGUGACGCUCACUCAGGGAGGCUUGGCCACGUUGAACACCGUUUCGUUGGGGUACCUUGACCUUCUUAAUCUGGAUUUGUAUUUGAGGGAGGCGACGAUUGAUGGGCAAUUGGGUAUCCCGGUGAAUGCUACGGGACUCACGCAGGAUGAUGUUCCCACUACCUACGAUACUCCUUUUAAUUAGGAGAUUUCUUAACGCAUAUCGUUCGUACGGGUAACAUUGUUAACGCUUUAACGAUUGGAAAUCCUUUCUGUACUAAAGAAUAUAUCCGUUUUAUGUCUUUGAAA